UGGUGAAAGUAUUUGUAUGUGUGUGUAGCAAUUUUGUUUGUGGUGGUGAGAAAGAUAACUUUAUCUACAGAAAAUGAAAACUUUUAAAAGUUAAUUACCAAAAGAAAUCUUUGUCAUUUUGUAGUUGUUGAUGCCAAAAUGAACUACAGUGCUGUGACUUUGUUGCUCCUUGGGAUAUUUGUGUUGAGAGAAGCAAAUGGUUUGCAAAAAAGAUGUCUUAGGUGCAGGUCUCGAGGUGAACUGGGAUCAUGUGGAGAUCCAUUCCCAUUCAAUGUCACAGAACCAGAAGCAGAAAUGGGGAUCCAUGUAGUGGCUUGUCCUUCUGGCUGGUGCGGGAAGCUCAUUGAAGGCACCACGGGAGCAUUCCGAACAGAUGAUUAUGGUGCAGCUACACAAAGAAUGUGCUUGCAGCGGCCACCAAACGACUAUGAAGAGAGAUGUGCCUACACUAUGUGGAAUCAUAAAAAAGUCUACAUGUGUUUUUGCAAUGGAGACUUGUGCAAUUCUGCUAUUAAAAUCACGGCAUUUCCACUGUCGUUAUUUAUAGCUACAUUAGUUACUAUAUUCAAUUUAUUAUAGAAGAAAAAACAGUGUGUUAUAUCAAGAAGUAUUUCAUAAAGGUAGCUAGCAAACUAUUUAAUAGUGAUCAUCAACAACUUCUAAUGAUUUUGAGGAGACUGGAUUUUUCUUAUGGUAGCUAGUAAUAUUUUUUAUUAGCUUAUUAUUGUCCUAUAUUUAAUCUCAAGUAAAAAAUAUUUGCUAAGUACUCAGUUACAGUACUUAGCAAAAAAGAUUAAUACCUACUUAGAAACUAUUUUUAUAUUGAAAUAUAUUGUUACUUUAUGUAUAUUUAGGUGACAAUGAAAUAGGUAAUUUGAGUGCAGGUUUACUUUUCCAUAAAAGAAUGCGCUGGGAGAAUGUAACUGUGAUGAUAAUGUAUCUGUAAAUAAUGUAUAUUUUGUAUAAAUAUUUUUUACCAUGAAUUUAUAUCAAUCAGUUUGCUUUUUCAGCAGCUCACAUAACUUAAAUUUUUAGACAUUGUAUAUUUUUUUAUAUUCCAGGCUAUGCAUUAUAGUCUUAUAAUACUCAAGAUGUGAAAUUUAAUGUCUAUUAGAUAGAAGAAUGUUACUCAAAAAUAUGUGGGGAUAGAAAUUUCAUUUAUUUUAUUAUGUACUUAAUAGCUUUAGCACUGCCUUGUCUCAGCCCGUGGCUGUAACUGUCCAACUUAAUAGUCUGACCCCAACAUUUGGGGUAAUUUAGGAAUAAGAUAUUUUAAUUUUAAGAUACUUAAUAUUCUGUAUCACUCUAUACAUUCCAAUUUAAAGACAUGUUUAUUGAGGUAUAUUUUUAUUUUCAAAUGCAGCUAGUGUAUAUAAUUAUGACUUUAUUAUAUCAAUGAGUAUUUUUUACAGUUUUUUAAAUAUAAUACAGUUUACAUGCA